CCUACUGCUUUUCCAAUUUCAGUCAGCAACCCGAUCGCACAGAACGAGCAUUUGGAAAUUUCGAUCGCCAUUCGUGAAACACCCUAGACAGAAAAAAAAAUGAGCGAAUUCAAUCCGGAAUUCUGCGGAUACCGAUCACCGCUGAGCACUCGCUAUGCCAGCAAGGAGAUGCAGUAUCUGUUCAGCGAGCAGAACAAGUUCUCCACCUGGCGCAAGCUAUGGAUCAUCCUGGCCAAGGCACAGAAGGAACUCGGCUUGGAGAUCAGCGAUGCCCAGAUCGCCGAGAUGGAAGCCCACAUCGAAGACAUUGAUUUCCCAGCGGCCGCCGAAGAGGAAAAGCUCACUCGCCACGACGUGAUGGCCCACGUGCAUGUGUUCGCCAAGCAGUGUCCCUUGGCGGCUCCAAUCAUCCAUCUGGGGGCCACUUCAUGCUACGUUGGCGAUAAUACCGAUCUGCUGGUGCUGAAAGGCGGACUUGACUCGCUUCUGCCCAAACUGGUGGGAGUUAUCAAACGCCUGUCGGAGUUUGCCGUCGAAUACCGUGACCUGCCAACGUUGGGAUUCACCCAUUUGCAGCCGGCGCAGUUGACCACUGUGGGCAAGCGGUGCACCCUAUGGGUUCAAGACCUUUUGAUGGAUGAACGUGCGUUGAGGAACUGUCGGGAUAACUUGCGCUUCCGAGGUGUCAAGGGAACCACCGGAACGCAAGCAUCGUUCCUACAGCUGUUUGCCGGAGAUGGAGACAAAGUCAGACAGUUGGACCAGAAGGUAACGAACCUGGCCGGAUUCGAGAAAUACUACGCUGUAACUGGACAGACCUACACUCGAAAGGUUGACCUGGAAAUCGUCUCCGCUUUGUCCAGUCUGGGAGCAACGGUUCACAAGAUGUGUUCGGAUCUUCGUCUGCUCGCUUCCCGCAAGGAAGUCGAAGAACCAUUCGAGAAAACUCAAAUUGGAAGCUCUGCGAUGGCUUACAAGCGCAAUCCGAUGCGCUCGGAACGAUGCUGCGCUUUGGCUAGGCACUUGAUUACUCUGCAUGCUAGUGCGGCCAACACCUUGGCUGUCCAAUGGUUGGAGCGGACGUUGGACGAUUCUGCAAAUCGUCGCCUAACCCUCUCGGAGGCGUUCCUGUCGGCGGACGCUUGUCUCCUCACGCUGCUCAACAUUUCCCAGGGACUGGUGGUCUACCCGAAGGUUAUCGAGCGUAACAUCGCUCAAGAGCUUCCGUUUAUGUCGACCGAAAAUGUGAUUAUGGCCAUGGUGCAGGCCGGUGGCGAUCGCCAGAUUUGCCACGAGAAGAUCCGUGUGCUGUCGCACGAGGCCGGAGCCCAGGUUAAGCAGCACGGCAAGGACAACGAUCUGGUGGAACGCAUCAGGGCCGAUGCCUAUUUUGCACCGAUUUUGGGCGAUUUGGACAAGAUUCUGGACCCGAAGACGUUUACCGGACGUGCUGCCGAUCAGGUGUUGGAAUUUGUUCGAGAGGAGGUGGAUCCGGUGGUUGCCAGAUACGGAAGCAAUGUGGAGACCAAGUCAAUUGGGCUGGCUAUUUAAGUUUGGUGCAUAUGUAAUUUUAAAAUGUCUUUGAGUUGCGAAUAAUAAAAUUGAAAGAAGGAA